AGGCUAGGUAAAGGCGGGAAACGCGUGUGACACGUACAUAAUAAUCAUCAGCUGUUUCUUCUCGAUUUAAUCAGUGUCAAUCGAUGCUUGUGAUUUGUGUAAUUAUAACAGUGUUUGGAUAUAUCAUUUAUUUAAUAUUCAAGAUAAAGAUCGAAGAGUGGCUUGAACAAGCAAAUAUGAAUAAAUUAAGUCUAAAGAGACAUCAUUCGAUAAGUGAAGAGUCCCAGAAUGAAAGUUUUUGUUCAAGAAGUUCGAUCAAUAAUGUUGAAGUGACCAGCGAUGAAAGUGAUAACUUACAAAAUAACAAAAGAAUAGGAAGUGAAAAGAAAUCUACUUCUCCAUUGAUUUCAAAUGAAAACUAUGAUGAAAAGACUAGGAUGAAUAAGUUUCAACAAAGUACAGACAGUAUAGAGUCGAAUGAAGAUGAUACAGAAUCUGCGUUUCUUGUAAAUUCAAAGAUUUCAAUGUUUAAUUGGAGUAAACAAAGAUCAAAAUUAAACACGAAUAAUGUUGGAAAAUAUAGCGAUUCUGACUCUUCUGACAAACAUACGUCUACAAUAUCUAAACGUAAACGUAAAUAUAAAAAGAAAAAACAUAAAGAGAAACAUUUUAUAAAAAAGGAAGAUACUGAAGUAGAAAUACAACACGAGCUACUGAUAUCUGGUAUUAAAGUAAAACUACCUGUGAAGCCAUAUUCGUGCCAGGUUGCUGUAAUGAAUAAACUCAUACAAGGUUGCAUCAAAGGAGAGAACUGCCUUUUGGAAAGUCCAACAGGAAGUGGAAAAACCUUGGCUCUUCUCUGCGGUGUCCUGGCAUGGCACGAUCACUACAUUGCCGAGAUAGACAAGAAGACGAACAAAUUGGAAAAUGCCGGCACCCGUUACGAGGAUCUUCCACAAGAGGGUAAACAAACGACUUCGUGCGAGAACAAUGAAAAAGAUUGUUGCGAAGAAUUGUUGCGAGAUAAAAAAUGUACGGUUGAUUCCGACGAUUCCUACGAGGAUUACGAAGAUUUCGAAGAUGCAAAAGGAAAAAAGUUAAAAGUGCCAAGAAUAUUUUAUGGCACGCGAACGCAUAAGCAAAUUGAACAAGUCGUGAAGGAAUUGAGAAAAACUUGUUAUAAACAUAAGAAAAUGACCAUUUUGAGCAGUAGAGAAUAUACUUGUAUACAAAAUACCACUAAAAAUAAAACCGAGCUUUGCAAUGAAUUAUUGGAUACUGCGAAGCACAAAGGAUGUCCAUAUUACAACGAAACUAAUAAAAAAACAAUUGGCACAUUCUGGGCGUUGGAAAAACUUGGUUUAAGAUCGAUAUGGGAUAUCGAAGAUUUGGUGAAUAUUGGAAAGGACAAAGAAUCGUGUCCAUACUUUGCAGCGAGAACCUUGAUGGACACUGCGGAUAUUAUUUUCUGUCCAUACAAUUAUAUCAUCGAUCCUAAUAUUCGCGAAAGCUUGCAACUGGAUAUGAAAGAUCAGGUGAUCAUCUUGGAUGAAGCUCAUAAUAUAGAAGAUAUUUCUAGAGAUGUUUCUAGUGUUGCUUUUCGCGAGGAUCAUCUCCAGGCUACUGCACAUGAAUGUGAAACCCUUGCAAAACAGAGGGCUGAAGAUUUCACGACUUAUGAUACUCUCAAAACGUUUCUUCUCAAACUGGUGGCAUUUUUAAAAGACAUGAGUCUUGACAAAGUCGAUUACAAUAAUGAGAAUCGUUCAAGUAAAUAUUGGACUGGUGUAGAACUAGCACAAUUAUUUAAUAUGAAAGGUUUAAACGAGACUGUCCUUUCUUCGUUUCUGAUGGCCUGCAAUAAAGCGAUUUCGGAUUUAAAUAAAGCGAAAGAAGACAAUAGAAUGUACAAAUCAAUAAUGAAGCCAAUCAUAUCAUCUAGCACCAAAAUGACAAUUGAAAAUCUAAUGUACACCAUAAGAAUGAUCACUUCUAAGGAAUACAAAAAUGAUUAUAGGGCAUGCGUGAUUGAGAAUACAGUAAAAGAUUUUAAACAUAUAAAUGAAAACGCGUGGAUGUCGGUAAAGAAAUGUGAACAACGUGUACGAACCUUGAAAUUAGUGUGCAUGAAUCCUGGCGUGGCCUUUUCACCGCUCGCUCUAAAUGCUCGCUGUAUAAUACUCGCAUCCGGCACCCUGACGCCAACCACGUCAUUCCAAAGUGAAUUAGGAACGUCAUUCACGCACGUGCUAAACACUGGACACGUGAUACCUAAGGAACAAGUUUAUGCGACCUGUAUACCGAAAGGACCAAAUGGAAUAAUGCUAAAAGCUAAUUACCAAAUUGUGAAUACCUGGCAAUUUCAAGAUGAAUUGGGCCAAGUGUUAUUAGAUGUUUGCGAGUCGAUACCUCACGGAAUCCUCUGUUUUUUCUCUUCCUAUAAUGUAAUGAACAUACAAAUGGAGAGGUGGAGACAAAAUUCUAUUUGGAGUAAAAUUACAAGUGUUAAAACUGUUUUCAUAGAACCUCGUCAUGGAGGCGGUCUUACAGAUAUUAUGAACGAAUACCGUGAAGUGAUAGAGUAUACUUCGAGUGAACCAAAAGGAAGAAUCACUGGAGCUCUAUUCUUGGCAGUUUUUAGGGGGAAAGUAGCAGAAGGAAUUGAUUUUAGAGAUAACGAAGCUCGUUGCGUAAUAACUGUUGGAAUACCAUAUGCAGUAAGAAAAGAUCCUGUAAUUGAUAUGAAAAUGACGUAUAAUGAUAUGAAUGUUUCGAAAGGAUUAUUGAGAGGUUCAGAAUGGUAUUCUAUUCAAGCUUACAGAGCUUUGAAUCAAGCAUUAGGACGUUGCUUGAGACACAUUCAUGAUUGGGGAGCAGUAUUGUUAGUAGAUGAAAGAUUCCUGAUGCCACAAAACAAGGAGAAUCUUCCAAAAUGGGUCAAAUCAAUGUGGAUCAAACAAAAUGAAUAUGAUUUAAAAAGAAAUCUUAAAAAUUUUGUGGAAAAACAAAAGGCAAGAGAAAAUAAUGAACAAAACUAGUUUUAAUUUAGGAAACGUGAUAUUCAAAAAUAUAUUUUAUCUUUAAAAAUUUUUUUAUAUAUAUUAAAAAUUAUAUUUUAAUAUUCAAGAAUCAAUUAUAUGAUGAAAUUUAAAUAGAUCAUAAAUUGAUCAAAAUUAUAUAUAUAUUUUAUAUAUGUUUAGACCAUUCUUUUUUUUUCUUUAUUUACAAUACACACUUUACACAUUUUAAUUAUAAAAUCAUAAAUUACUUUAGAGAUGCUCAAUAUUUCUAAAAAUUGAGUGUAUCUCUUUUUUGUAUCAUUCUGAGAUGUUUCUUCUUAAUCUUUUUCAAUUUUGCAGUAUUUGUGAUCUAUAAAAUAAAAUAAUUUAGUUUCAAUUUUUCAAUUUAAAUUCAGUUUCAAUUUCAAUUUGAAUGUAUCAUAGUAUUCGGGCCUACGCUUAUUAGAUUGUAUGAUGAUACAUUAUUAGAAAAUAUUCUGGGUUAUGUAUUUAAAUCAAAUUUAACUCAAUGGAGUAAUGUAAUUUUACAUACAGCGAUAUUAUAAUAUUAAUCGCGGUUCCUUAAUUCAACGAAUUAGAUAUUAUAUAAUAAUAAUUUAAUUCAAAAUUUUUGCCUGAAAGAUUAUAAUAGUUAUAACAUGGAUUGUUGCUGAAAAUUUAUAUUUUUCGUGAUAUUAAAAUAAAAAAAUUUUCUACAUUGAUGCAUAUUCAACAACGUCAAUAUACGAUCGCUAUUUAUUUAUUAUUUCUAUGAAUGAUGACUGAUAGAAAACUGGUAUAAUGAAUGAAUUAACAUUAUUAAUUAAUUCUAUCUAUCUAGAGACAUUCGAAUCCGCGGAAUGCAAAAAUAAAGUACAAAACCAAUUCUUAGAUGAUUGAAAUUACAGUAAUAAUAGAUCCUAACUUAACUUUCUUAUAAUGGGGCAUUUUUGAUGAUAAUUAUCAUCUAUCAUUUCUGGUCUUUUCUGGAUUUAUAUAUUUUAUAAUAUAUAUAUUAUAUGGCUCAAUAUGCAUAGACCUGAAUACUAUAAUACAUAAUAAUACAUAUAAUACUAUACUAUAAUACUAUAAUAAUUUAAUUUUAACAUUAUGUAAAUUAUUUUUUUUUUUUGUAUGUUUUUCAUAUUUAUAAUACAAAUAUAUAAUAAAAUGUUUAAUUUAAUCAAAAAUA